CUAGUCUGUUCUCCUCCGCAUGAGCUCACUGCCCUCCAUUCAAUCGCCACUCACUACCUCAUUUAUUGAAGUCGUCUGUUCCGCGGUCAAACUCUAAAGGUUUGAUGAUUGAUCACUCUGUUUCUCGGGCUGGACGAACUGGGCCGGAAGUUGAUUAUUCGGUGAUUUACGAUGCGCGGCAAGUGAGGCCAGAGCUUGGAGGAAGACACUGGCUGGCUGUAGACCUGGCGGACAGGAGGGAAUCUAGGCGGGAGCAGGAGGAUGUGUUGCUAUGCUUUACUCUGGUGCCAGUGAGGUGAAUUGGUGAAUCAGAGUUUUGAUUGAGAAGCACUUGCGGGUAUUGAUCAGGAAUUGUGGUAAAAAGAAUUAAGAGACUGCCAGCCGCUUGGAGGCUCAUGUGGGACGGGGAUAUCUACACGUUGCUGACACAUAGUUUAGGAAAUGCGAAGAAUUUGGUUUCCAGGUUCGUCAUUUGACGUGAAAAGGUGUCUUGUUGUUCCCGAAGAUGAGAUCCGGACGGCGCGCCAAAUCUGGGGAGGGGUCUUCGUCCAGGUCCGAAAGAUGGAAAGAAAAGGGGGAAGAGAGUUUUCGCCGAUCUGGUUUAGAGGGGCUCAAGGAUUUCUCUCGCAAACUUGUGAAUGUUGAUGCAUUUGUUCUUGAGAUCCAAGAAUGGAUUGAAGAGAGGCUUCAUACUUCCCCUUACGGAAAGACGCAGUUCCGUUCGCCUUUUCAAGUUGAUCAGCUUCGGACACUCGAUUAUGCAUUAGUCAGUGUGUCCUUCCAGCAGCUCCUUCGAAUGCCGGUUUCUCAGUCAUACACGCCCUCUCUCGAGCCUGCCGUGUAUCUGGCUGUGGAAGACUUUAUGCAUACAGCAACGCAACGGUUAUGGGAGACGUUUUGGGAUGCUUCCGAAGAACCUGAGCCUAUGCCAUUUUACAUUAUGGGCCCUCAUACUUCUGCUUCAGAUUCCCUGUCGGCUUUAGUUUUGGACAAAGCGAGUUCAAGGGGGUCAGGGGAAACGUUGCCUGGAGCUGCUAUUAUUGCCAAAAAUGGCUCCAGUGGAGAUGGUGGACAUGUUUUAUGGGACCAUGUUGCUGUAUUUGUCGAAGUUAGGGAGGAUGUUACAGGAGCUAUGUCGAAGGGUUCGCAGUCGGCCCCUUCUUUAGAGGUUAUUGGCCGUGCUCUUUUUCACGGUCUUCUGAUGCUUACGUCGAGAUCCUUAUCUAAGAAACCAUCCAUUCGGUAUAAUGCUGAUACUGCCUACGUCUUAUUUGUGAAUUCAAGACAAGGUGGAGUUGUGAGGCUCAAGGGAGACGUUUCAAAGUUGGAAACCAAUACAAACAAUGUGUACGUGCGUGCUGCUAAGUGGAUUAAGGAACAUGCGGAAGUUACUGUGUGUCCAGUGGAACAAGUGUGGAAUAGGUUUGGUAAUUCAAAUUGGGGAGAUAUGGGUGCAAUGCAACUUCUACUAGCAAUUUUUCACUCGAUCGAGCAGUGCCGAGGUCCGCCCAGGAAUCCACUUGCAGAGAUGGCAGCUUUGCAUAAUGAAAGAGUGCAGCACAGAUUGUUGGAACGUGAGAAUUUGGAGUUGCAAGAAUUGGGUGAAACAGGAUCUUCUCAACGCAGCAAUUCGCUUCGACGUAGCAGCCGGCCUGAAAUUCUGGAAAUUGAGGAAGAAGAGGAGGAUAUUGAGAUCGAGGAUAGUCGACGCGCCCCGGAUCAUGUUAUGAAGCUUGAACCUGGCACAAUAUUAUGGCUUGAGGAUGCCCAUUGGCAGCGAGGAUUUCAAAUUCAAGAGCAACUAGGCAGGAGGAAUUCUGUGUACAGUGCAAUAUCUCUUGAUGAGGUUGGAAAGCCUCUAGCGGUCCAUAUUGGGGCACAUCCGUCACAAUUGGAGCCCUCCUGGGAAGACAUGAGUACAUGGUACCAGGUCCAGAGGCAGACACGGGUGCUAAAUAUAAUGAAGCAGCGGGGUGUUUUCAGCAAGUACUUGACGCAGAUUAUUGCAUCCGGCAGACUUAUGCACCCAGGCCCAUGCUCGAAGAAGAGUCCUGCGAGUCGUUGUGAUCAUCCUUGGUGUGGAACUCCUGUUCUGGUUACAGCCCCCAUAGGAGAAACCGUGGAUUUGGUUGUUGAAAGAGAAGGUGUAUUUCCGGUGGAAGAAGCCCUUCGGAUUUGCCAUGAUUGUUUAUCAGCCUUGCGGAGUGCUAGCUCAAUUGGUAUUCAACAUGGAGACAUCACCCCGGAUCAUGUCAUUCGAGUGACAGGAAGUGACGAUGAGUAUUAUUAUGUUUUGUCGGACUGGGGUCAUGCUGUCUUGGAGGAGCGAGACAGCCCCGCUUUGUCUCCGCAGUUUUCGUCUACUGCAGCUUUACAAGACGGGAAACUGUAUCCUGCUUCUGACACAGAGAGUUUGGUGUACCUUCUUUACUACAUCUGUGGUGGUAUCAUUCCAGAGUUUGAUAGCAUGGAGGCAGCCUUGCAGUGGAGGGAUAGGGUAUGGGCCCGGCGAAUUAUUCAACAGCAGCUAGGGGAGGUCUCUGCUGUUCUGAAGGCUUUUGCCGAUUAUGUAGACACUCUCUGUGGCACCCCUUAUCCCGUUGAUUACGACAUAUGGCUGCAUCGCUUGGCGCGAGCGCUCAGUAUUGAUCCCAGCAAGAACGAACUCUCAUCCGGCCGUCUGGAGUUUAUGGCAGAAUCAUCUGGGACCUCUGCUCCUUCAGUAAGCUGAGUAAUUUAGAAAUGUGAUGCCUCAACUGCGUGCUUGCAAAGGAGCAGCAAAGGCUGCUGUGAAUUUGUGAGAAAGAUACUAAUGUAUGGUUCAUUACAGCUCAUCCAACUUCAGCUGUUCCAAACGUAAAGACCAUCGGCUUAUCGUUUACUUUCAGAGUGACUGGCCAGUGUCUAAUUCCAGGUAUACUUUGACAUGAACACGCUGUUAAACCAGCGGAGUAUAUUCGUGCGGAUGACUAAAAGCUACGUACUCUGUCACUCUAUGAAAUGGUUCUCCUUCAUCCAGUUUCAAGUGCUCAGCUUGACAGGCUGAAGCAUGAGUAUUUUCACUGGUGUUUUAGGUGAUGCUGCUUUAAUCAAAUCAGAGAUUUUCUCAGUGAUUUAGAGCUAAGAAUCACAUAGGGUUGACCUGUUGAUUUGCACAUACCUAAAUAGGUAAGUUGUAAGUGCCUGGUCGUGAUGUCUAUUUAUUGUAAUCUGGGAUGGCAGCAUUUGCUGUAGAUCUCGGGAGGAGGAACUUAGAUUGCCCGCCAAUCCUGAUGAAGGUGUUGAGGUGGGCUUUUCCUGUGGUAAGAAUGUUGUGAAGGAAUUGUGCAUACAAACAAGGCAUUCUGGCGGAAUAAUUCCCAAACACAGUUCAAGGAGCACAAUCGUUGGAGGUCUUCGUAAAGCUUCGAGUCCUUUUUUGGGGUGAUAAGCUGCGCUCUGUUGGUGAAUGACGAAGACGCACCGAGGGAGUCCUGCUCAAGUGGCAACCUGUUGCUCUGAGGGGUCUGGACAAACUUUUCAUUGCUGGGAGGGAUUUCUGUCAGGGUAUGUGUACAAGACGUAUAUGUGACUACCUUAAUUGGUCAACCAGAUUGGUGAAGUACGAGCAAAAUUUAAGUAAGCGAUGCAUAAGAAAUCGAUCUUUCUGUAAGAUUAUCAAGACUAAGCAGUUUUGUCUUGAAUUUUAACGUGAUAUGUACUACUUACUGAACUUGCCUCCUCCUCCCUCAUUAUUUAGUCUUCUACUCACAAGACCCAAGAGAAACAGUUCCAAUUGUCUAUUCACUCUGCAGCAUGUCUACGCAAUUUGUGAGCGGGACCUGCCCGGGCCAAGACAAAGCUAAGUGAAUGGGGAAUCAGGGCAAUUGGUGAAAAUUCCGAACUCUGACUGUGCCUUCGUUGCCUUCGUUGGUAGCCAGAGAGUCCGUUUGCCGGAACUCGAUGCUUCUCGUGCUCAAUUUCAUUAUAGCCUUGCCUCAUUUUCUUUUUUGUGGUUACUGCCCGUAGUGUAACGACGCCAGCGAUUUGAGCAACUGCACCUGCGCGUCAACGCUAAGUUUCUUUUUGUAACUCCUAGCAGCGCCCGCUGUGACCAUAGCUGCGUCUUUCCUGGCCGUGUUUGCUGGUGCUCUUGGAGCAGCUACGUUGUUGGCAUCGUUUUCCUACCUAGUCCAGAGUGGCACCGCUGAGGAUGAACAGGCGUCUGUCCUUCGCGGCUAUGGCUGAGACGAGACUAAGGGUGAUGAAGGACCAGAUAUGUAGCAUUUUUUGUGAUCAUCGUAAGAUCACAAACCUGAAUGCACAUGUAUGAGCAUGUUUAAUAUGUGA